UCCAGUGGGUGUGUGCAAUUCAUAGAUAUUUUUGGGAUAGAUUUUUUUUUUUUGAAAAAGCUUUUACUGAAGCACAAUGUCCUCGUGCAAUUCGUCAUCAACGUGUUUUAAUUCGUGAGUUAAAAGAGACCGUGACACACACAGAUCCACAUUUCUGCUCCAGUGAGUCAUCUCGGAGGCAGUCAGUGUGGCGUAUUGAUCUGCUCGGUCCGUCUCUAUGUGAGCUCAGUCCGUAGUAGGCGGGAGCAAGCAACUGUCCGAGUCCGCUCCGGUGAGGAGGGGCGCCAGUGUGGAGGCAGUAGCUCUGUGUGGAGGCAGCACACUGUGCAUGUGGCGCAUACCGGAGCCCCUGUUACGUGCCUGCGUUUCAUUCAGUUGUGUGGAGCAGCUAGUCGCACACGGGGGUCGCAUCGUCGUCCGGAGGAGAGAUCUGACUGCUUGGUGAACAGGAUCGGACUGCUGCUUCGCUGCCUAACGACACACACACACACACACACACACACCAGGUGGCCACAUUGCUCUGGUAAAGCCCAGGUAAGAUGUCUCAUCGGAGCGGGCAAGAGGACCCGGAGCGGUACCUGUUCGUGGACCGGGCUGUGGUUUACAACCCAGCCACGCAGGCCGACUGGACGGCCAAGAAGCUGGUGUGGAUACCCUCGGAGCGCAAUGGCUUCGAGGCGGCCAGCAUCCGGGAGGAGCGCGGCGACGAGGUGCUGCUGGAGCUGGCCGAGAACGGCAAGAAGGCGGUGGUCAACAAGGACGACAUCCAGAAGAUGAACCCGCCCAAGUUCAGCAAGGUGGAGGACAUGGCCGAGCUCACCUGUCUGAACGAGGCGUCGGUGCUGCACAACCUGAAGGACCGCUACUACUCUGGGCUCAUAUACACAUACUCGGGCCUAUUCUGUGUGGUUAUCAACCCCUACAAGAACCUGCCCAUCUAUUCAGAGAACAUCAUUGAGAUGUACAGAGGGAAGAAGAGGCACGAGAUGCCGCCACACAUCUAUGCCAUCUCUGAGGCGGCGUACCGCUGCAUGCUUCAAGAUCGUGAGGACCAAUCCAUCCUUUGCACAGGUGAAUCAGGAGCAGGCAAGACCGAGAACACCAAGAAGGUCAUCCAGUACCUGGCCCACGUUGCCUCCUCACACAAAGGACGCAAAGACCACAACAUUCCUCAGCCCGAAUCUCCCAAAGCAUUCAAGCUCCAGGGGGAGUUGGAACGCCAGCUCCUGCAAGCCAACCCCAUCCUGGAGUCUUUUGGCAAUGCCAAGACAGUGAAGAAUGACAACUCAUCCCGCUUUGGCAAGUUCAUCAGAAUCAACUUUGACGUCACAGGCUACAUCGUUGGGGCUAAUAUUGAAACUUACCUCCUGGAGAAGUCGAGAGCCAUCAGACAGGCCAAAGAUGAGAGGACCUUCCACAUUUUCUACCGCCUGCUGGCAGGGGCAGGGGAGCAUCUCCGAACGGACCUGCUCCUCGAAGACUUUAACAACUAUCGUUUCUUGUCAAAUGGUAACGUUACCAUCCCUGGCCAGCAGGACAAGGAUAACUUCCAGGAGACUCUGGAUGCCAUGCACAUCAUGAGCUUCUCCCAUGACGAGAUUGUCUGCAUGUUGAAGGUGGUCUCUGCAGUGCUGCAGUUUGGCAACAUUGUCUUUAAGAAAGAGAGGAACACUGAUCAGGCCUCCAUGCCUGAGAACACAGUGGCGCAGAAGCUCUGUCACCUGCUUGGAAUGAAUGUUAUGGAGUUCACCAGAGCCAUCCUCACCCCGAGGAUCAAAGUGGGACGAGACUACGUACAGAAGGCACAGACCAAAGAGCAGGCUGACUUUGCUGUUGAAGCCCUGGCCAAGGCAACAUAUGAGCGUCUGUUCCGCUGGCUGGUCCACCGCAUCAACAAGGCCCUGGACCGGACCAAACGCCAGGGCGCAUCUUUCAUCGGCAUCCUGGAUAUCGCUGGCUUUGAAAUCUUUGAGCUGAACUCGUUUGAGCAGCUGUGCAUCAACUACACCAACGAGAAGCUGCAGCAGCUCUUCAACCACACCAUGUUCAUCCUGGAGCAGGAGGAGUACCAGAGGGAGGGCAUCGAGUGGAGCUUCAUCGACUUCGGCCUGGAUCUGCAGCCCUGCAUCGACCUCAUUGAGAGGCCGACCAACCCGCCUGGUAUCCUCGCUCUGCUGGAUGAGGAGUGCUGGUUUCCUAAGGCAACCGACAAGACCUUCAUAGACAAGGUGCUGCAGGAGCAGGGCACACACACCAAGUUUCAGAAGCCCCGACAGCUCAAGGACAAAGCUGACUUCUGCGUCAUUCACUACGCAGGAAAGGUGGACUAUAAAGCUGAUGAAUGGCUUAUGAAGAACAUGGAUCCCCUGAAUGACAACGUGGCCACGCUGCUGCACCAGUCAACUGACAAGUUUGUGGCUGAGCUCUGGAAGGACGACAUUCAGACGUUUCAGAGAGCCUCUUUCUAUGACAAUGUGUCUGGGCUCCAUGAAGCUCCAGUCGACAGAAUCGUGGGUCUGGACCAGGUGGCGGGUAUGAACGAGACGGCGUUUGGCGCCGCCUACAAGACAAAGAAGGGCAUGUUCCGCACCGUGGGACAGCUGUACAAGGAGCAGUUAUCGAAGCUGAUGGCCACACUGAGGAACACCAACCCCAACUUUGUCCGCUGCAUCAUCCCCAACCAUGAGAAGAGGGCUGGUAAACUGGACCCGCACCUGGUUCUGGACCAGCUGAGGUGUAAUGGUGUCCUGGAGGGGAUUCGCAUCUGCAGACAGGGCUUCCCCAACCGCAUCGUCUUCCAGGAGUUCAGACAGAGGUAUGAGAUCCUCACCCCUAACGCCAUUCCCAAGGGCUUCAUGGACGGCAAGCAGGCCUGUGAGAGGAUGAUUAAAGCCCUGGAGCUGGACGGUAACCUGUUCCGUAUCGGCCAGAGUAAGAUCUUCUUCAGGGCCGGAGUCCUGGCCCACCUGGAGGAAGAGAGGGACCUGAAGAUCACCGACAUCAUCAUUUACUUCCAGUCUGUCUGCCGGGGUUACCUGGCACGCAAGGCCUUUGCAAAGAAGCAGCAGCAGCUCAGUGCUCUGAAGGUUCUCCAGAGGAACUGCGCUGCCUACUUGAAGCUUCGUCACUGGCAGUGGUGGAGACUCUUCACCAAGGUGAAGCCUCUGCUGCAGGUCACCAGGCAGGAGGAGGAGAUGCAGGCUAAGGAUGAGGAGCUGGUCAAGGUGAAAGAGAAGCAGACCAAGGUGGAGGGAGAGCUGGUGGAGAUGGAGCGGAAACACCAGCAGUUAGUUGAGGAGAAGAACAUCCUCACAGAGCAGCUGCAGGCAGAGACAGAGCUGUUCGCAGAGGCUGAGGAGAUGAGAGCUCGCCUGGCUUCCAAAAAGCAAGAGCUGGAGGAGAUCCUUCAUGACCUGGAGUCCCGGCUGGAGGAAGAAGAGGAGAGGAACCAGAGCCAGCAGAACGAGAAGAAGAAGAUGCAGUCCCAUAUCCAGGACCUGGAAGAACAGUUGGAUGAAGAGGAGUCUGGCAGGCAGAAGCUGCAGCUGGAGAAAGUGACGACUGAGGCCAAAUUGAAGAAAUUUGAAGAGGACAUUUUGUUACUAGAAGACCAGAACUCCAAAUUUCUCAAGGAAAAGAAGCUGUUGGACGACCGAGUCAACGAGAUGACCUCGAUGCUAGCCGAAGAGGAAGAAAAGGCCAAGAACCUGGGCAAGGUCAAGAACAAGCAGGAGAUCAUGAUGGUCGACCUGGAGGGUAAAAGGAGCGAUGUAAAAUACAGAAUUCAUAGAAUAGUAAAAACCUGUAGAGUUAAUGUGUCUUGGUGUUUUAUGAAACUAUCGCAUCCUCUCUUUUCUAAUUUAGAGAGACUGAAGAAGGAGGAGAAGACCCGUCAGGAGCUAGAGAAGGCUAAGAGGAAGCUGGAUGGGGAGACGUCCGACUUCCAGGACCAGAUCGGCGAGCUGCAGGCCCAGACGGAGGAGCUGAAGGUUCUGCUGGGGAAGAAAGAGGAUGAGCAGCAGACGAUGUUGGCUAGAGGGGAAGACGAGGUUAGCCAGAAGAACAACGCUCUGAAACAGGUGAGGGAGCAGCAGGCCCAGCUGUCGGAGCUGCAGGAGGACCUCGAGUCAGAGAAAAUCUCCAGGAAUAAGGCUGAGAAGCUCAAGAGGGACUUGAGCGAAGAGCUUGAGGCCCUGAAGACUGAACUUGAGGACACCCUUGAUACAACCGCUGCCCAGCAGGAAUUAAGGACCAAGCGUGAACAGGAGGUUACGGAGCUGAAGAAGACAAUCGAGGAGGAGACUAAGAACCACGAAUCUCAGUUCCAGGAGAUGCGACAGAGGCAUGGCACCGCCUUGGAAGAGCUGUCUGAACAGCUGGAACAGGCCAAGAGGUUCAAGGCCAACCUGGAGAAGACCAAGCAGAGCCAGGAGAGUGCCAACAAGGAGCUGGCCAACGAGGUCAAGGGCCUGCAACAGGCAAAGACAGAGUCCGAACACAAGCGGAAGAAACAGGAGGCUCAGCUGCAGGAGUUCAUGGCCAGAGUCACUGAGGGAGAGAGGGCCAAGGGAGAGCUGGCCGAACGUGCACACAAGCUGCAGACUGAGUUGGACAAUGUGUCUGCCAUUCUGGAAGAUUCAGAAAGGAAGGGCAUCAAGAUGGCCAAAGAUGUUGCUGGAAUAGACGGUCAGCUGCAGGACACACAGGAGCUGCUCCAGGAGGAGACGCGUCAGAAACUAAACCUCAGCAGUCGCAUACGCCAGCUGGAGGAGGAGAAGAACGCCCUGCAGGAGCAGCAGGAGGAGGAUGAGGAGGCGCGCAAGAAUCUAGAGAAACAGAUGUUGACCAUACAGGCUCAGCUGUCAGAGAGCAAGAAGAAGCUGGAGGACGAUGUUGGAACUAUAGACGGCCUGGAAGAGACCAAGAAGAAACUGCAGAAGGACUUUGAGCUGGCCAGCCAGCGACUGGAAGAGAAGACCAUCGGUUUUGAAAAGAUGGAGAAGACAAAGACCCGUCUGCAGCAGGAGCUGGAUGAUCUAACUGUAGACCUGGAUCACCAGAGACAGAUCGUCUCCAACCUGGAGAAGAAACAGAAGAAGUUUGACCAGAUGCUGGCUGAGGAGAAGAGCAUCUCGGCUCGUUACGCCGAGGAGCGUGACCGUGCUGAAGCUGAGGCCAGGGAGAAGGAGACCAAAGCUCUGUCCAUGACCAGAGCUCUGGACGAGGCGCUGGAGGCCAAAGAGGAGCUGGAGAGGGUUAACAAGCAGCUUCGUGCUGAAAUGGAAGAUCUGAUGAGCUCCAAGGACGACGUGGGCAAGAAUGUCCACGAGCUUGAGAAGUCCAAGCGCACUCUGGAGCAGCAGCUGGAGGAGAUGAAGACUCAGCUGGAGGAGCUGGAGGACGAGCUGCAGGGCACGGAGGACGCCAAGCUGCGUCUGGAGGUCAACAUGCAGGCCAUGAAAGCCCAGUACGAGAGAGACCUCCAGGGCCGGGACGACCAGAACGAUGAGAAGAAGAGAGCGCUGGUCAAGCAGGUGCGAGAGAUGGAGGCAGAGUUGGAGGACGAGAGGAAGCAGAGGGGUUUGGCUGUAGCUGCUAAAAAGAAGCUGGAGAUGGAUUUGAAGGAUAUAGAGGGUCACAUAGAAGGAGCCAACAAGGCUCGAGACGAAGCCAUCAAACAGUUGCGCAAGUUACAGGCCCAAAUGAAGGACUACCAGCGAGAGCUGGAAGACGCCCGCGCUUCUAGAGAUGAUAUUUUUGCCAUAUCCAAGGAAAACGAGAAGAAACUCAAGAGUCUGGAGGCUGAGAUUGUACAGCUACAUGAGGAUCUGGCAGCAUCCGAGAGGGGUCGGCGCCACGCAGAGCAGGAGCGGGAUGAGCUGCAAGAUGAAAUCUCAAACAGCACCUCUGGAAAGUCCGCUCUGAUGGACGAGAAGAGGAGGCUGGAGGCUCGCAUUGCUCAACUGGAGGAGGAGCUGGAAGAGGAGCAGGGUAACAUGGAGCUACUCAACGACCGCUUCAGAAAGACCACUAUGCAGGUGGACACCCUGACUACAGAGUUGAGUGCCGAGCGCAGCACCGGCCAAAAGAGCGAAAACGCUCGCCAGCAACUGGAGCGUCAAAACAAGGAGCUGCGGGCCAAGCUGGGCGAGCUGGAGGGUUCUGUGAAGAACCGAUUCAAGGCCUCCAUCGCUGCCCUGGAGGCCAAGAUAGGACAGCUGGAGGAACAGCUGGAGCAGGAGGCCAAGGAGCGAGCAGCCGCCAACAAGACUGUGAGAAGGACCGAGAAGAAGCUGAAAGAAAUCUGCAUGCAAGUGGAGGAUGAGCGCCGCCAUGCCGACCAGUUUAAAGAACAAGUUGAAAAGGCUAGCUCUCGCAUGAAGCAGCUGAAGCGUCAGCUGGAGGAGGCUGAGGAGGAGGCCACGAGGGCCAACGCCUCACGCAGGAAACUGCAGAGAGAGCUGGACGACGCCACCGAGGCCAGCGAAGGUUUGAGCCGCGAGGUUCACACACUCAAGAACCGCCUCAGACGUGGCGGCCCCAUCAGCUUCUCCUCCAGUCGGCCAGGCAGACGCCCACUUCAGGUGGAGGGAACUUCCUUGGACCUCCUGUCUGAUGAUGAGCUGGAAAACAAAAUCACCGACAACAAUGCCAACGAGACUCCGGCGCCCCAGCCAGAGUAAAACGAGAAAGCCGGAAUCUUUGCUCGACACAUCGACUCUCAGUCCCAACAGUAAUGCUUAGAUUUUCCCAACUUGGAGAAAACAAAAUCAUACAGAUAUGAGCCAAACACACGCAGCAUGAUCUAGGCAAAAAGAAAACUACCUGUAUUCCUGACCUUACUCCUCGACCCUAAACCUUAGCACGCACCAGCAGUUGGGCCCCCAACGCUCUCCUUACCGCCCCACUUAGAGUUGUGAGAAGCACUGCUCUGCCUUACCCCUCCUUCUCAAGCUGCAGGGCUUGAUAUAUUAUAUAAUAGCAACUUCCAUCAUUGAGUAUAGACUACUUCAGUAACCUGAAUGGGAGAUGAGCUGCAUCACCGAUAGAAGUGCUUUUCUUUUAAAAUAAUGCACAUGUGCAUAAGUUGCUGGCCCGCUCGUACAGAGAAAAAUAUAUGACCGUAAUUUAAAAUGCUUCCAAAGGCUAGAAUAUUUAGCGUUGCCACAUUGGAAAGGAACAGAUUAUUAUAAAAGCAAACAACUUUCUGACUAUUUUUGCAUCUAUCUACAGUAUGCCCGUCAUAUGAGUCAGUUUAGUUGUGUUAGUUGAACUGUAACUGAAGAGUAUUUUUUCCAGUCCUAUGCUAGGAUUGUUUGCUUGCAUAUGAAUAUAGAAAUGUGACUGUAAGCUGCCGUUGUCGCCUCAGCGCUGCAAUACGUUGCUUCUCUGACGGUGUUUUUUCUAAUGAUGUUUGACAGUAGGUCUGUGUUGACUUGUAAUUAUUUGGUGCGAGAGCUGAAAGCAGCGACCACGCUCAUGUUCUCUUGCUGACUUCUUCUGUGCCCCCCCCCACCCAUUUAAAAACUCAAAACCCAUUUAUGCCACAUAUACUGUUCAUAUAUUUUGACCCAUGCCUAAUUUCAAUAUUCAACAAGUUGCAUUUGUAAUGAACUAUUAGUGGGAAACUGAUCUUCUCUCUUUCUAUGUCCUGCUACAGUUUCUAUGUGACCACAAUGAUUGACAUGUCAAACCGUGCGGGGUUCUUUGUAGAUGGGUGCUAUGACUUUUCUUAUUGUUAACUUUUAUACGUUUUGAGUUAAGAUUGAAAAACUAUCCAAUAGACACCAACUGUAUUUAUAUCUCUUGCUAUUGUAUACAGUAUAAACUCCAUUCAUAGUCAAAAUGCUCAGUAUUGCACAUUGAUCAGCUGUAUCUACGCUAAUUCUCAUGACAUGUACAGUUUGAGUUGUUAGGAGCCAUAUGAUGCAUUAAAGUGUAUGGAGCCCAAUUCA